UGGAGUGGACAUUGACUUCAUUUUCCAGAACCCAUCUAAGUUACCCUGUGUGUUGUGGAGGGUCUUGCCUUGUUGGAUCUGGGGGUCUCGCCUUACUCAGGAGAUGUGUUUCAUGAAACACCCCUUAUGAUAUACCUCUUUCAUUUUUUGGUUGACUAUGCAGAGAUUGUUUUUAUGAUAGCAGAUGGAAUCACAGCAGUGGCUCUUUAUCUCUCAGUCCAGAUUUAUAACAAGAAUGUGUUUAGAAAACAGAAAUAUGCCUUGGAAUCAGAACGGUAUCCUGCUGACUGUUUGGAGCUCCUCCGCUCUCCUAAGGAGAUGUUCUACAUCCCGCUCAAGGUUGCCAUGUUUUAUCUGUUAAACCCGUUCACGAUCCUGUCAUGUGUGGCAAAGUCAACUUGUGGGCUAAACAAUGCUAUUAUCGCGCUAUUCAUCCUCUGUACAUUGAAAGGUAGUGCCUUGCUAAGUGGGAUAUUGUUAGCUUUGGCCACAUAUCAGUCCAUGUAUCCUCUGACACUGUUUGCUCCUGCACUGCUGUUCUUCCUGCAGAGAUUGUAUAUCCCAGUGAACCUAAGGAGGAGCAGCUUCUGGUUCUUCACUCUUCAGUAUGCGUUCAUAUAUUUUGGCAGUCUGGUCGUGAUCACUGGACUCUCCUUCUUCCUCUUGGGAUCCUGGGACUUCAUUCCUUCUGUCUAUGGAUUCAUACUUUCUGUUCCGGACCUCACUCCAAACAUCGGACUCUUCUGGUAUUUCUUCGCAGAGAUGUUUGAGCACUUCCGCCUCUUCUUCAUUUGCGUCUUCCAGAUCAAUGUCUUUUUUUACACCAUCCCGCUCUCCAUCAAACUCAAGGAGCAUCCAGUGUUCCUCAUGUUCAUGCAGAUUGCCAUCAUCUCCAUCUUUAAGUCCUAUCCCACUGUGGGAGAUGUCGCCCUCUACAUGGCCUUUUUGCCAGCCUGGAGUCACCUUUAUCGAUUUCUGAGAAACAUCUUUCUGGUGUCAUGUGUGCUGUUGGCAUGCUCUGCGCUCUUCCCUGUACUCUGGCAUCUAUGGAUUUACGCUGGCAGUGCCAACUCUAAUUUCUACUAUGCCAUCACGUUGCUCUUCAACUUUGGACAGAUUCUCCUGGUUUCCGAUUAUUUCUACGCAUAUCUUCGCCGAGAACAUCACCUGACGCACGGCCUCUACCUAAAGAAGAAAGAUGGCACUGAAGCCACUCUAGUGUUAAAGUGACCUUCUUUCACUGGACUGAGAGCUCUCGCUGACUGCCUAACACUCCCUUAUCUUUGCUUUUUAUUUAGUUUUCCAUCCACACUACGGUUAUCUCCAGUGCUUUUACACAGUGCUUUUUUUUUCAAUUUGCCUCUUCUUUUUCAUUAUUAUUAUUUUGCACAUUUGAGAGUUUGGGUGUUAAACCUCACCUCUUGGACCAAAGCAGUUUUUGUAAGAGACUUUUUGAUAACGGGAGCCAAUUGAUACAGGAACUUUGCUACUACCUUUGGCUCAUAUGCAUGAUGCAAGACAGAGGUAGGUUUGAUCAAAAGGUUUUUUCACCUUUUUAUUUUGCUUGUCGUCUUUUUUAUUGUCAAAAAUGGUUUGUUUUCUUUAUCCAAACUCCAUUCACGGUUUAUAGUGCAGUUUGAAGUAAUGGUCAGCAGAUGGCAUAUCAUGAAUGUGAAAUGAGGAUAAAACGUUUGACUGUAAGGGGCUCGAACUCACCAGCCCCUCAAGAGCCUUUGUGGACAUUUUACUAGGCUGAGGUUUGAAUGUUUCUAAUUUGAUAUGAGCCGUAAACAUAAAGUAAUAUCCUUCGUAAUACAGUUUGUUUGUUUGUUAUGUUCAUACAAAUUAAGGGAUUACGAUGCACUGCAGGUUUAUUUAUUUUUGAAUUAGGCACUGGUUUGAUUUAUUGUUCUGCUUUAUGAAUUUCUUGGGAUUAGGAAUUAAUCGUCUGGAUUUGCUUUGAUCUGUGUGGUUUUGAGCUCAUGCCAGAACACGUGAGUUGAUUGCCUCCACGCCUUUUAUGACCCAGCCCUCCUGUGAUUUAGACUUUGUAGACCUUUAGAAGAUGGAAUUUUCCAUCGCCUGUUUUCUUUCUAGACUUUUCCUAAUAAUCCGCCCUUUAGCCAAGUAGCAAGAUGUAAACAUCCGGGAGGCUUUGAUUAUGAGGUCAAUCGUUUCAAAGUCUAGCGUCUAGCUAAGUCAUGGCUAAA